AUGUCAAACUACAAUCCCCUUCGGAACCGUGCCAGUAUCUCCGCCCCGCUGGUGCAUAAGUUCGACGGCCUGCUCCAGCUGGUCAAGGGCAUCGACCGCCUCGAGGUGAGCGUACCGAUCAUCAAGGAACAACCGCAGGAGAUCCACAACCAGGCAAAGUCUAAGGUCAAACCCUACACCGAGAAGAAAGCCAACGAAGUACUGGCUUCCCAGUACAGAAGGAUCGCCGUGAACGGCGUGGACACCACCGCUCAGCUGGUCGAGCGUCUUCUGGACUACUACUUCCCGAAGUGCGAAGGCGACGAUGAAGAUAACGCUCUCAUCUCGGUUAAGGAAGAUCCACCCUGCACACCGUUCAGACGCCUCUCCAACAAAGUUGCCCGCCGCGUCUACCGCACCGUGUCCAAGCAGGUGAAAACCCUCCGCAAGGAAGAUGUCAAGGAAUACGUCGUCACGUUGAUUGCCGUCCUCCGCCUGACCCAGUACCUCAACUUCCUGAACGACAAACGGCAACACCAGGCCGGGGAAGAUUAG